UUGCUUCCCUCACGCGGUGGCGGCGCCGGACCCGGAAGUGGUGUCCGCCGUGGAGGGGCCGGCGGCGGCGGCGGCGGCGCCGGGCGGGAUGGGGGAGGCGAUCCCGCUGGGCGCGCCGGUGCCGGUGGAGCAGGCCGUGCUGGAGACAUUCUUCUCCCACCUGGGCAUCUUCUCCUACGACAAGGCGAAAGACAAUGUGGAGAAAGAGCGGGAGGCCAACAAGAGCGCGGGGGCCAGCUGGCUGGCACUGCUGGCCGGGCUGGCGCACCUGGCCGCCGCCGAGAAGGCCUACCACAGCAUGACCUUCCUGGGCCAGAAGCUAGGUGGUCAGUCAUUCUUCAGCCGAAAGGACUCCAUCCGAACCAUCUACACAUCUCUGCAUAAUGAGCUGAAGAAGGUGGUGGCGACGGGUCGCAAUGCACUAGGAGGAACAGCUCCUCACUUAGAAGAGCUGCUUUCUCACCUGUCUGAACAGCUGUGUUUUUUUGUUCAGGCUCGGAUGGAAAUUGCUGACUUCUAUGAAAAAAUGUACACGCUCAGCACCCAAAAGUUCAUUAACUCUGAGGAACUGGUAAACAUUUUGGAAUCCAUCUUAAAGAAAUACAGCUCAAGAUUUCAUCAUCCAAUCCUCAGUCCUCUUGAAAGCAGUUUCCAGCUGGAAGUAGAUGUGCUUGCCCAUCUCUUAAAGGCUCAGGCUCAGAUCUCAGAGUGGAAGUUCCUUCCAUCCCUGGUCAACUUGCACAGUGCUCAUACAAAACUACAGACUUGGGGCCAAAUUUUUGAGAAGCAGCGAGAGACCAAGAAGCAUCUGUUUGGAGGGCAGUCUCAGAAGGCUGUACAACCUCCACACCUCUUCCUCUGGCUGAUGAAGCUCAAAAACAUUCUCCUUGCCAAGUUUAGCUUUUACUUCCAUGAGGCCCUUAGUCGACAAACAACAGCAUCUGAAAUGAAAACUUUGACUGCUAAAACAAAUCCUGAUUACUUUGGGAAGAUUUCCAGCUUCAUCCGGAAGUAUGAUGCCAUCAAUGUUUCCUUGAUUUUUGACAAUCGUGGAUCAGAGAGUUUUCAGGGACAUGGUUAUCAUCAUCCUCAUUCUUACAGGGAAGCUCCCAAGGGAGUGGAUCAGUACCCUGCAGUGGUGUCUCUGCCCAGCGACAGGCCCGUAAUGCACUGGCCCAAUGUAAUCAUGAUUAUGACUGAUAGAACCUCUGACCUCAACAGUUUGGAGAAGAACACAGGCUGGGACGUGAAAAGCUGCAGCACAACCUGGAAGGCAAAUGGUCACUGGGAUGCCGUGACAUAUGUCAGUACCAGUCUCAGCUCAGAUGAACUUACAGAGACAAGCUGAGGUUGAGCAGGUAUUCUGGAAUCAACAGCUCCAUGGAAAGAGCAGAAAAGCUCUUUUCAAAUGUUAUUUAUGUCUGGCUAACUAUCAUUACUAUAUACUAGUGUUUUCUUUCUGUUCAGUUUUAAAUAGUUUCACAAUUAAGCCAAGUGACUUGGGGAAUUUGGAUUUCAAUAUAUAGCCUAUGCAGUAUGUUUACCUCAUUCUAAAAUGUCUCUUUCACCACUUCUAGGCUGCAGGUUUGGAAGAAAUAUGUAUUCUAGUUACCUCGAAAGUGCUUUAUUUCGGAAAUCCGUGUUUCCAGAUACAAUAAAAGGGUUGAUUUGGCUGCA